AUGUCACUACGUUCCAUUGUGAGAGAUGAAAUGAAAUGCGAUGUUGCACGUGCCCUCUCACCAGCACUGAGUGUACAUAUCUCAAGGGCCACCACGCCAACAGCAGGUGUGCACAGUUCAUUUACCACUACACCAACAGCUGGUGUCAGCAUAUCACGUGCAGCAACACCAGCAUCAGAUGUCCAUAGCUCACGUGCAGCAACACCAGCAUCAGAUGUCCACAGCUCACGUGCAGCAACACCAGCAUCAGAUGUCCAUAGCUCACGUGCAGCAACACCAGCAUCAGAUGCCCAUAGCUCACGUGCAGCAACACCAGCAGAUGCCCACGGCACACGUGCAGCAACAUCAGCAUCAGAUGCCCAUAGCUCACGUGCAGCAACACCAGCAUCAGAUGCCCACAGCUCACGUGCCGCAACACCAGCAGGUGCCCACAGCCCACGUGCAGCAACAUCAGCAAGUGCCCACAGCCCACGUGAAACAACACCAGCAGAUGCCCAUAGCUCACGUGGAACAACACCAGCAGAUGCCCAUAGCUCACGUGCAGCAACGCUAGCAGAUGCCCACGGCCCACGUGCAGCAACAUCAGCAGGUGCCCACAGCCCACGUGCAGCAACGCCAACAGCGGAUGACAGCAUCUCACGUGCAGCAACACCAACGGCAGAUGCCCACGGCCCACGUGAAGCAACACCAGCAGCAGAUGACAGCAUCUCACGUGCAACAACACCAGCAGCAGAUGACAGCAUCUCACGUGCAACAACACCAGCAGCAGAUGACAGCAUCUCACGUGCAACAACACCAGCAGCAGAUGACAGCAUCUCACGUGCAACAACACCAGCAGCAGAUGACAGCAUCCCACAAGAAGGUGAGAGUAGUCACAAUGUUGACUGA